GGAUUGUUCUAAAUAUUAGCUAUUAGGUACUUUCUUUGUUCUUAUUUACUUAUUGUCAUCUGAGUUAUUUUUCUGUUUCUUCUUCUUUUUUUCUCCCUCUUCGCUAGACGAAACAGGAAAAGAAAUAAACAUAUAUUUCCAAUUAUAGCUAACCAGGUAGUUUUUAGCUAAGCCUGCGUCCGCCGCGCGCCGUCGCAUUACUUUUUUCCAGCAUCCCACUAUCACCUUUACUUCCGUUCCCAUAAGCAUACCUCUCUGCCAAUUGCUAUCCUCUCUUGCUUAUCAUCUCUUCUUUUCUAUUCAAUCAGUAUUACCCUCACCUGCAUCUUCCAUCACCGCCAGAAUGUCCGGGGAUAACUCCGCCUCCCGCUUAUCUACCUCCGACCCGCGCCGAGAAGGAUUCACUUCCUUCAUGAAGAGUUCUUUCUUACUCUCACAGGAGGAGAAUACCGCUCCUAUAUCAGCUCGUGGCCAUGGCGCCCUCACCCACCUUAUUAGAAACCGUUCCUAUGGCUCCUUACACAACUACGGAAGCACGUGGCGCGGCGCAAUGCCCGCCGGUCUAGAUGACGAAGAAUCCGCGCUGUUGUCUCAUCCGUACUCGCGGUCCGAGUCCGACGAUGGGGAGCAUCGCCGGUCUUCAACCGACGAGCGUCGGCUCAGUCAAUUGCUCAACAGCACGCCUAUGCGUUCUAUGCGACUGAUCGGCAACGCGAACCCGAGGUACAAGUGGGGGCGUUAUUGGAAGACGGAAGAGGAGUUAAAUGCUAUGAGGAAGCCGUUGCGCGAAUACUACGAGCGUGUCAACUAUCUGGUACAGCAAUAUAUCUACAUUGACCGCUUGCUCGACAGCAGUCUACCCCAUGAUCUCGUCAACGAGUACAACACGUUACACCAUAGCUCGUUCAAGGAGCUCGACAUUCCGACUACCAUUUCCGAAGAGCAUUCAAGUCUCGUCAGCAUCAACAAGCUCAACCAAGAAAGUGCACACGGAUCCGAUGAAUCAGGUGGUCCAAUCACGCCCAUGACAAACUUUUCAAGCCCUCAAAAAUCGGGGUUUGUUGACAGCGAAGACUCUGACGCCAAUAAAGAUAUCGAGACAACUAUUCCUGUGACUAAGGUGAAGCGUACACCUAAAAAUAUCUAUCGUGCCACCGAGACCACGCCUUUGUUCUUCAACAAUGACGACGAUGACGAUCAAUGGGAUGGCCCGAAACCCGAGAUCCCGUGGCUAGAGGAAGACGAAGAAUUAGACAGUGGCGACCAGAUCGUUACGACGGCCAUCUACGUCAAUUUCACGGCAAACGUGAUCUUGCUAGCAGGCAAGAUCGCUGUUGUUAUUUCCGUGUCAUCUAUGUCAGUAUUGGCUAGUUUGGUCGACGCCGUACUCGACUUUCUGUCGACGGUCAUCGUAUGGACGACGACAUGGUUGAUUUCCAGGCAGGACCAGUACAAGUACCCGGUUGGAAGGCGCAGGCUAGAGCCUCUGGGUGUUCUUGUUUUCUCGGUUAUCAUGAUAACCUCGUUUGUCCAAGUCGCGCUGCAAUCACUCCAACGAUUGGCCUCGCCCGAUCACGAGUUGAUUGAGGUUGGAGUACCGGCUCUCAGUAUCAUGUUCGGGACGGUACUAAUCAAAGGACUGUGCUGGCUAUGGUGUCGCAUGGUAAAGAACUCGAGCGUCCAGGCCUUAGCCGAGGAUGCGAUGACCGACGUAAUCUUCAACAUGGGAUCGAUACUCUUCCCCAUCGUCGGCUUUUAUGCUAAGAUCUGGUGGUUGGAUGCUCUAGGUGGUCUCGUCCUUUCACUCGUUGUCAUCUUCAAUUGGUCUCGAACCUCGGCGCAGCAUAUCAAGAACCUCUCUGGAUGCUCUGCCACUGCUGAUCAGCGAAACAUUUUGCUCUACCUUGCAAUGCGUUUUGCUGGUACGAUAAAGCAAAUUCAGGGUCUACAAGCUUACCACGCCGGAGAUAAGUUAAACGUUGAAGUUGAUAUCAUCCUAGACGCGUCUACGACGUUGAGAGAUUCGCACGAUCUGUGCGAGAGUCUGGGUUAUGUGUUGGAGUCGGUCCCGAUAGUUGACAGGGCCUUUGUCCACGCUGAUUACGCCAGUUACAAUCUGCCUACCCAUAUGGAACAACAAAGCGGUUAGGGACUUGAGGAAAUUGCAUGCUUGGAAAGAGGAGCCUAUCUGGGUAAGGGAAAUCGUUGCAUAUUUCGGUGCGUGUCAUAUUCAUUUCAUGGCGGGCUUGGUUGGGAAAAAACAG